UGAUGAUGUGUUGCACGGUUCUUCCGGUGAGUGGAACAGAGAAGAUAAUUUUUCUAUCCGCAGUGAAGACGAAGCCAGUUUUUCCUCCAGCGCCCCUUCGUCGUCGUCGACUAGUAUGAACCAGGAUUAUUCCGUCAGAACAGCGGUAUUAGCCACGGAUCCUCACCUUUUGACCAUUCCCGAGGUGAAGCGA